UUGAAUGGAGCGUUCCUUCAGGCUACAUGGAUACUACGGGAAAUAAUUGUAAAAAUGCUCGUUGAUGUCAGAAUUGCGCGAAUAUGAGCGGACGUGUGCUAAUUGGGAAAGUGCCGCCAAUGCGGCAGCGCGAGCGGACGGCGCCCUGUGCGAAAAAGACGAUACAUUUUACGCCGAGUCCAAGUUGGGAUGAGAGCAGCUCCAUCAGCAGUGGGCUCAGCGAUGGCUCUGUAGACAACCUCAGCUCUGAGGAGUUCAAUGCCAGCUCCUCCCUCAACUCCCUGCCCACAACGCCCCUCGGCUCCAGACGCAACUCCUCUGUCAUGCUCCGCACCGAUGCUGAGAAGCGCUCCCUGGUGGAGAGUGGCCUGUCCUGGUACAGCGAGGAUGCCAAGGCUGCACGCAAGAUGGACGGGAGCACCUACGAGACAGGGAGCCUCAAAACCGAGACCCCCAGCAAGUGGAGGAAGUCCUCCAGACCCAUGGAGGGUGCUAGUGAGGACGCGGGGGUCAAGGGGGAACUGAGGAAGCCCCAGAGCCUGGGUCAGCCAGGGACCUUUAAAAAGGGACGCAACCCCCCUGUGGGCGUGACCUCACCCAUCACGCACACCUCUCAGAGCGUCCUGAAAGUGGCAGCACCAAAGAGCGACCACAAGGCGGUGGACAAGACCAAGAUGUCUGUGAAGGCUGCUGGGCUGCAGCGCUCCCGUUCCGACGCCGGGAGAGAACACCUCCCGGAGCACCGGGAACACCGAAAGCCCCCGUCAGGCCUGGUCAAGCCUUCCGCCGGGGCCUCGUUCGGCUACAAGAGGUCCCCGACUACCGGCAGUGCCACCGUCAUGACAGUGGGGGGCAGCACCAUCUCUAGUGGCUCUGCCACCGUGGGCAAGAUUCCCAAGUCCUCUGGCAUCCCUGUGAAGCCGAUGGGAUUAGGAGGGGGAGGAAAAGGGGGGCGUAAGAACAGCUUUGACGCCACAGGCAGUGAGGAGGGGGGCUUCCUGGGGCCCAACGCCCGUAACAGCCUCCAGUACCGAAGCCUGCCGCGCCCUGCCAAGUCCAGCACCCUCAGCCUGAUCGGCCGCCCCGGGUCGGCCCGGCCUGCCAGCAGCAGCAUCGACCCCGGCCUGCUGAGCCUGAAGCCUGUCUCCAUGGCCUGCCCUGGCCCCAAGAGGAAAGAGCCCGGCAGUGGAAGCACUAAGGGGGCCAGUCGAGGAGGGAGCACAGGCCCUGUCAACCAGACAGACCGGGAGAAGGAGAAGGAGAGAGCUAAGGCCAAGGCAGUGGCGUCUGAUAUGGACUCCCUGUGUGGCUCCCUGAAGAUGGAAGACUGUCAGGGGGAUUCUACAGGGGAGGCCAGCACCAAACUGCAGGGACUGCGGAGGGCCAGUAGCAGCAAAUACCCCGAGCUCUCCUCGCCCACCAGUCAGAGGAUGCUGAGCUGCAAGUCUCUGGGUCGGCCUCCCAGCCUUGCCCACUUGGACAAGGUCAACUCCAACAGCCUGGACUCGUGCGUGACCAUCCAGGACCUCCCUCCUAAAGUGCCCCCUUACUCUAAGCUCCAGGACCUGGCCGGGUCUGGGUCACGCAGCCCGGCCCCCCGGGGCCUCACCCCUAGCCCAGCCCCCAUCCUGCACUUGGACUCCCCCAGCUGCUACCCCAGCCAGACCCUGUCCCUGGGGGGCUCUCCGCUGCUGUACCCCAAACUGUCUGGCCUGCACCGCAGCAUGGAGUCCCUGCCCCUCACCAUGAGUGUUCCUCCCAGUGGAGGAUAUAUCCGGGCAGAGUCCCGAGACAGGGAUAGGGAGGAGAUGAGGGGCACAGGGACCUGGGUUGCUGGGAGCAGGACCUCCCUCAAUCUCCCAGACAGUUUGCAAACGGACAGGAACACCUUACCUAAGAAAGGAUUAGGGUAUGUCAAUCGCUACAGCUCUGGUCCGUCUGAGGGUCAGUCAGAGGGGAAGGAGAGGCGUCACUCCCACACGGCAGUGAGCCUGACAGAGAGCGAGAGCCCCCCUCAGCUGCCUUCUCCCACCCACAUGCCCCAUCUUUCCUCUGGCAAGGCCGUCCUCACUAACGUGGUUUCCCCCAUCCCGAGCGGUGCCUGUGUCCCCAGGAUAACCCGCUCCAACAGUAUCCCCACCAAUGACGCGGCCUUCGACCUGUAUGGCUCCUCUCCACUGGGCAGCAGCGUGUCACUGGCCGACCGGCCCAAGAGCAUGAUGCGCUCUGGAUCCUUCCGUGACCGCGAGCCCACGGAUGACUGUGAGACAGCUAGCACAUUCCAUGGCUCCGUCCUGUCCUUGGCAUCCAACGCUUCAUCCAACUAUUCCUCUCAAAUCCGCAAGCUGAGACGCGAGCUGGAGAACUCCCAGGAGAAAGUGGCCAACCUGACCACCCAGCUGUCUGCCAACGCUAAUUUGGUAGCAGCAUUUGAGCAGAGCCUGCAACUGAUGACGUCACGUCUGCAGAGCCUGUCGGUCAGCCAGGAGCAGAAGGACUCUGAGCUGACUGAUCUGAAGGAGACCAUAGAGAUUCUGAAGACGAAGAACACAGAGGCACAGGAUAUCAUCCAUGUGGCCCUCAGCAACCCUGACAUCACUCCUAAAGAGCUGCAGAUGAAGAGGCAGAACUCGUCCGAGAGCAUCUCCAGCCUGAACAGCAUCACCAGCCACUCCAGCAUGGGCAGUCUGAAGGAGCAGGAGGCCAAGAAGAAGAAGAAGAGCUGGCUGAGGAGUUCCUUUAACAAGGCGUUCAGUAAGAAGGGGUCCAAGCUCUCUGCGUCAUACGCUGACAUCGAGGAGAUCGCCACGCCAGACUCCUCUGCACCCUCCUCUCCUAAAAUCCCCAUCCACCACGUGGACAGGGAUGUCGAGGAAGAUGGAAAUGGGGACAACCCUCCCUCCAUGAUGAGGUCCUCUGUCUCUACGUCUUCCUCUGGACUGUGUGAAGGAGGCGAGGAGCCCCCGGAGGAUGAGAAGGUGGUGACCACGCUGCGCUCGGCCCUCUGGGAGAAGGAGAGGAAGCUGACAGACAUCCGCUUGGAGGCCCUUAGCUCCGCCCACCAGCUGGAGCAGCUGCAGGAGGCCAUGAACAACAUGCAGAUGACAGUGGAGAACCUGAAGGCAGAGAAUGACCAGUUAAAGACAGGCGGUCCCUCCACCUCCACCUCCCAGUCCUCCGGCCUGGCAUCACUCGGCACCGCCUCGCCACGCCAAUCUGUUGCCAUGUCUCUGACCAAGACCUUCAGCAUGAGUCUGGGAGAGGGCAGCCCCUCUGACGUGUUCCAGACAGACACCGUUAGCCUCCCCUCUCACAGGGACGACACUCGUGUGAGAGUGGUGGUUCGCGUGGCCAAUCUGCGCGUCUUCAAAGAUGAGGUGAAACAGCAGGACUUCUUCAUCGGAACUGUGAGGGUUAACGGCAGAAUGGACUGGCCUAUGCUGGACUCGGCUGUUGGCCAGGCUUUUAAGGUGUACAUAGCCAAGGUGGACCCCACCUCCAGCCUGGGCCUUACUACAGACUCUGUCUACAGCUACAGUAUGAACCACAUCAGGAGGGUGCUGGGAGGGGAGCUGCCAGAGAGCCAGCCCUCACGCUGUGUCUCCAAGGGGCCCAGCAGCAUCACUGUCACACUCAAAGGUCUGAAGGAGAAGUGUGUGGAUAGCCUGGUGUUUGAGACCCUCAUCCCCAAGCCCAUGACCCAACACUACAUCAGCCUGCUGCUCAAGCACCGCCGCCUCAUUAUGUCUGGGCCCAGCGGCACCGGCAAGACCUACCUCACUUCUCGCCUGGCAGAGUACCUGGUGGACCGCAGCGGUCGAGACCUCAACGACGGCAUUGUGGUCACCUUCAACAUGCACCGCCAGUCUUGCAAGGAUCUCCAGCUCUGCCUGUCCAACCUGGCCAAUCAGAUUGACCGGGAAACCAGCACCGCUGAAAUUCCAUUGGUGGUUAUCCUGGAUGAUAUACAUGAUGCCACUUCCAUCAGCGAGCUUGUCAACGGGGCCCUCACCUGCAAAUACCACAAAUGUCCUUACAUCAUUGGAACUACCAACCAGCCGGUGAAGAUGACCCCGAACCAUGGCCUGCACCUCAGUUUCAGGAUGGUGACCUUCUCUAAUAAUGUGGAGCCAGCCAAUGGCUUCCUGGUGCGUUACCUGCACAGGAAGUUGAUGGAGGCGGAGGACGAGAGGAGCCUGGCCAACGAGGACCUCCUCAGGGUGCUGGACUGGGUGCCCAAACUGUGGUACCACCUGCACACCUUCCUGGAGAAACACAGCACCUCUGACUUCCUCAUCGGCCCGUGUUUCUUCCUGUCCUGUCCUGUGACUGUGGAGGAGUUCCGCUCCUGGUUCAUUGACCUUUGGAACCUCUCCAUUAUCCCCUAUCUGCAGGAAGGAGCCAAGGAUGGCAUUAAGGUGCAUGGUCAGAAGGCGGUAUGGGAGGACCCAGUGGAGUGGGUGAGGGGCACCUUGCCCUGGCCCUCAGCCCAACAGGACCAGGCCAAGCUGUUCCACCUGCCUCCCCCCAGCAUGACCUCUGGAGGCCCAGGCCAGCCCAGCGAGGCCUCAGCCAGGCCUCUUAAUAAGGAGACCCCACCCAGCUCCAUGGACACCCUGGACCCUCUGAUGGCUAUGUUGUUGAAGUUGCAAGAGGCAGCCAAUUGCAUUGAAUCUCCGGACAGAGAAACAAUGGACCCCAGCCUCCCUACAUUUUGAACAUCAACUUCAACUGUAGACUCAAAACCCAGCCCUUCAAAUAGCUCUAAAUAUUUACCCCUAUGUGAGCUCUAGUAUAUUCAGGAACAAAAACUCCAAUAUAGUUUUCUGCUCCUUUUGGACCUUAUCUUUAAUCUCCGCAAACAACAAUCACACUACAUAUGGUUGAAUGAGAAGCCAUUUUGUUUUGAAGUUUUGAAAUUGUAUUCAAUCAUGCCAAGUCAUACCAACAGAUAUUAUAGUGAGAGAAAACAUUUUGAUUUCUUGAACUCGAGGUUAUAUUCAUAAUACACAAGUAUGAAGUCUCUCUUUCUUUCUAUUGAAGCCUUCUCUCUAUCACUGCUACCCUCGAUAGAAACAGGUGCUAAUUAUCUAGAUAAUAAGUAUCACUCUUACUUUCGAAAUGAAUCCUCGUCUCUCAUUGGUCUAAGCAGGUGAUUCUUCCAACAGCAAAUUCAAAUGACAAAAUAGCACCAUUCUUGCUUGUCAACUUUUGCCCAACAACAGCAACAUGGCCUGCAGUGUGCAUGUAAAAUUAAGUCAGUUUGAGACCCGUUUUGGCUUAUUGGAAAGAGUAUGACGGCAUGUUGUAUGGCUUGUCAGGUUGUAUAGUCCUGGUCCUGAAUACAUAUCGAUCAAUCAAUCUUUGAAGGCCAAAUCUUAGACAUAUGCAACUCUUAUACAUAACCAGGUGAACUUGUUUGACUCUGUGACCAAACAUACUGAAUGCCUUAAUAAAUAUAUUCCUUAUGGUAACCUCAAGAUGAACAGCAGUAUACAUAAGUGGUGCUUUGCUUUAUAACCAUCGCCUCAGAGCAGAGUAGUGAGUGCCAGGACAUUGGCUUUUUACCCCCACGCGUAGUUCAGUGUAGUCCUGCACAUAUCCGUUUUUUGGAGCCGCACCCGCCCCGUCCACAUCAUUUCCGAGCCUCGCCUGAUAUCCGACAUCAGGACAGUUUUUUCUCUGCAUAGAGUUGUUCCAAGAGACGAUCCGUGACACUCCAAAUAACAUCAAUUUGUUUGACUGUUUUAAUGACUCCAGAGUAGUAAGGGAAAGGGGGAUACCUAGUCAGUUGUACAACUGAAUGCAUUCAACUGAAAUGUGUCUUCCACAUUUACCCCUCAGGCUAUUCCCAUUCCCCGCAGGAAUGAAUUUGUCUGUUCAAUGUUUGGAUACAAUGAAACCAUGCCAUGAGUUAAGGCCUAUGUUCCUAUUUUCACAAUGCAAUGCGGCACAUUGACAACUCAAAUCGCUUUGAAUAGGAUCCUUCUAAUUAGCCUUCUUCUUACUUAACGAAAGCCUAUUAGCCGACAUAACAAAACAAUACCUUUACAUUCAAACGUAAGUAAACAUUUCCCAUAAUUGAAUAGGCUGUAGGUUGCAAAAAUAGCCAACAUUCAUUCAGUAGGCUAUUGGCUACUCAAACGUUUACCAGCCUCACAGGAUGAAACUUUAUAUGGCCUGCGUAUGGUCUAAAUAAAUGAAAGCCUGAAUUAUUGUAAUAAUGAACUUCUAUUAACUGAAUUAACAUCAACAAAUACCUGCUUGCACUUUUGCAGACUGUAUCCAUACUGGGUUGUUGUCCUUGUCUACAAUGACUCCAAAUUCCAGACCGGGGAUUUCACUCACGCAGCACCUGUUUCCAUGAUGGUGUAUUCCACCAUCAUAACCUUUUGAUAGGAAUGUGUUCAUUCCACCCGCCAGCUGAUUAUUUUUUGCAGGUCAACUGCGGGGAACCGUGGGUAGUUCAGAGUUGAUUUUAAUGUCACGUAACUAUAUUUGAGGGAUAAACAAUGUGUUCCAGGUAGUCUAGAUGGUGGGGAUCCGGCUUUCAUGGUCAAGUGAGAAAACAGGGUUGAACGGAGCAGCACACAGACACAUGGUUAUUUCCUUAUGGUUAAUAUCUUUACUUAUCAUUCAUUGCAAAAUUACAAACGCUGUCCACUCUAACCAACACAUUUAACGAUGUCAUCAGUACAUACUAAUUUCAGCUUCUGUGGUAUUAGAUCCUCAUUUUGUUGCAAGCAGCAUACAUUUUCAUUUAUUUGACUGAACUGACAUAGAUUUGAAAUCCAACUAUCUGUUUGAAGAUAAGGCCACGCCAGUACUACCCACAUAUUAAAUCAGGUAUUACUGAGAUUUUUUUUUUUUUGGAAUAACGCUUAAGCAACUACUGUUUGCUUAUAGCUUAGAUAUUGUUUGGCUUUUAUUUUGAAUAUGGUGAGGUAUGCUCUAAUCUAUUCCACAACAUAAUUCGGUAUAGUUACUUUGCUCAGUGCUGUAUUUCCAAUAUCGAUUUCAGUUAUUUUAUCUACACUAGUUGCAUGGCGCAAAUAUCUAAUAUGCUGAACCAAAUACUUUACUGUAAUCUUGCAUAUUGACAGUCUAGUUUGGGGUCAGAGUAUAAAAGUGCUAAAAAGAAUGUACAUGUAGAUCUUUUACUCAGUGUGGUAGCCGUAUAACAUCGCAGAUCAUCUAGGUGCUUUCGAAUAUAGCCUUUUCCCAAAGCUACGGUCUCAUUCCUUGUAGAAAACAUGUAUUUAGGCCUAUUACCAAGACGGGUGAGUGAACAUCAGUAUUUAGAGUUCUCUGUUGCACCCCACAAAUCCUUUUCGUCAGACACAGGUUAACUCUGCUAUUAACAGUCCUUCAUCUACUGUAGCAACCAAUGGUGCUCUCCCCUCUUUUUGACUGGUACUAUUGCUUUGCUCAUCUUUGGUUUAGGUAAUGACCGUUCAGACACACAGCAUAAAAUAGAAGAAACAUCUGUUUGCGCAUAGCAAUGAUCAAGGACCAUUUCCCACUUCAGAGGCAUGGAAUAUAGAAAGAUCGGUUGAACAAAACAAGAUAGAAGUCAAAGACAAUGUACAUCUUUGUAUAAUGGGGUCGUUUUAGAGUAUAGUGGGUUACGGUAGUGUUCUCAGAAGAUACAACUGGCCAUACUGGCGGAUGCUGAAACAAUGUAGGAGAAUCAGUCUGUGUUUUGGACUCUUCACACUAAUGAUGUAUAAUCCCUUUAUCAUAAGUCACCUGUAUAUAAAGUGUCAUUUAAUGUCAGAUUGCUUUCUUUGUACAAUGGUUAUCACAACAGAAAGAAAUGGUGCACACUGUCAAAGGUCAUUAUUAAGCACAGUGCAACUAAACCGCCGCGAUGAAGUUAAAACACGGUACAUUCCCUUUUAACUUCUUUUUUUUUUUUUUUUGUAUGCUUUUGCAUCAAACUGUUAAACGACUCCAUCUGAUGACUUGAAGCCAAUGGCUUUUGCUGCCUUGUGUGGUCACAUUUUUACAAAUUGAAUGGAAUCCUUGAUAAAUCCAUGUGUGAAAAGAUGCCCCUUUGGCCAAUCCAUUUCACAAUGACACCAUGGCUGCGUUUACACAGGCAGCGCAAUUCUAAUCUUUUGCCUAAUUAUUGUAGAAAGAGUUGAUCGGAUUGGUCAAAAGACCAAUAAGUGGGAAAAGAUCCGAGUUGGGCUGCCUGUGUAAACUCAGCCGACUAGACCCGUAUGAACCUUCUGUCAUCUUAAUGAAUAGCCUCAUUAACUACUCUGCAUUGUUUUACUAUUUAGAAGAAUAUAUUAUACCCCGUAUCUAUGUAUGCAAGCAAACAAAUGCCAUUCUGCUCGUUCUUCAUCUCAUUCACUGGUCGUUGUGGCUGUUGCGCUGUAGUGGCUGUGCUGUGUGUUUUGCUAACUAUCUUUUGUAUCAGGACUAUGCAGCAACUUCUACUGGUGUUGGCAAUUAGAGAAAAGAAAACGGUCAAAAUUGUUCUGAAAGCUAACAAACCCAGUCUUGCCCCAGUCUCGCAGUAAGUUGGACCAAAUGACGAUUAUGAGUUAAUUUUCCAGGCAGGGUUUGACUAUGCCUUAAUGUGAAUUUUGAUGCGAGUGUUGCCUUGAGACAGAGUGAGUAUGUGACCUUUGACGAUGGAAGGGAUGCUUUGUGUCAAACCUUGGUCCCACAAGACACCACCUGACUUUGAAUUGGUGGUAAAAACCUGGGCUUUAGUUCAGUGGGCUAACAUACCCUUGUGGCGCACAGGAAACCUGGGUUUGAACUCAGGUCGGUCACAUGAGGGAUAUGACGUGUAGGUUAUAGAGUUUGUUGUCCAAAGGUUUAGGCCUGUAUUGCAGUUGGGCACAAUUGAACUAUUAUCUAAGAUCAUAGUUCAACAUAAAAACUUGAUUUAAAAAAAAAUCUAAGAUAAAUCAAUGUUUUUUUAUAUCAGGGUCUUCAAAAAAAUCUUAAACAAAUCUGAAGCUCUUGGAAAUUAAGUAUUUCCACUUGAUGAAGGCCAAUACAGGUUGCUGAAUAGUCAUAAUUAUUUUUCAAAGCUUGUUAUUGACUCACAAUAAAAAUAUAAAAACUGUAAUAAUGGUAUCUAAUGUCACUGACGGGCAAAUGUGAUGGAUUUUUAAAUGUUGUAAAUGCAUGCCAAAUGAGUGUGUGAACAAAAUAUGUAAUAGCAUCAGCGUAUUGUUAGGGGUUCAUUCUAUAUAGAAAAUGCUUUUUCUUUUUAAUAUGCUGAUAUUUGAUAUUUCUUUUUCUAAGGAAUCCUUUGUAAAAUUUCAUUUAUCUAUUUUGUACAGGAUUUCAUAAUUGUAAACAUUGUAAAUAGUUCUGCAUACUGUAUGCGACAACAAUCAUUAAGGAAAACAAAUAACUCCAUAAAGGCCUAUUACAAGACUAAUAACUUAUCACUCCAGAGUUGAGCCCGAUACAUGGAGAGGUAGGCAUGCUUCUGAAAUGACAUUUUCAUCCACCUAUCGCUGUUCGUUCCAGUCAAUAAAAUCAU